AUGCUGUUUCGGGCAAUUAGACGGCAAUGGGCACUCUGCAAAGGUGGAUACUUUUAUGCCCGGCUUUUCCGACAGCUCAUCUUCCCCCUCUUCGUCCAGUCGGCAAUCGUGAAGACCGGACAGGCCUUCACGAGACCGUCGCCUCUGCCGCAACCAAUCCUAUGCGCCCAAUCCACUGCCCAGCCAAUCAGCCACCGGGCAGGACAGCUAAUUCUCCCAACCACCCGUAUUCUGCAAUGGCAUCGAUCCACUUUGCACCAUUUUGGCAGAGCCCGUUCACAUGCCAACCCCCUUGGCCCCCUUUUCCCAUUUCCUCCCUUUCUACCACUCCCCCUCCCUCCACCCUCUCUCCCUUCCUCUCUCUCUUUCACUCCCACCCUCUUCGAGAAGAAAGCCCAUGCCGAAUCCCAUUCUCCAGAGCAUCUUCUCCUUUCAGCUCCCUCUCGGGGGUCACGUUCGCUUCGAAGGCUUUUACCGGAGAAGCAUUUUUCUGCACAAAAAAUAUCUCGCAAGAUGCCUGUAAGCGUGCCAAAAUAG